UUAACUGUAGUUUUUUUUUAUUCCGCCAGUAAAAACUACAUUACCCAGGAGCACUUCGUCGUCAACAAACACUACUGCGCGCUAGUAAACACAGAGAUAUGCUGACAAUGUUUGGAGCUGAACCAAGUGGAUUCUCAGUGUCCCUCGGCCUUUUCCUGCUCUUCUUGGUUCUUCUGUACUGGUAUGCCAUCUCGCCGUAUUCGGUCUUGGAGCGAUGUGGCAUCCGACACCCCAAACCAGUUCCGUUCUUUGGGAACAUGCUGAUGUUUCGACAUGAUUCUUUCAAAGCUCAGAAGGACCUGAUCAACCAGUACGGCCGAGUAUGUGGUUAUUAUGUCGUCAGACGGCCAACGGUGGUGGUAGCUGACCCAGACAUGCUCAAACAAGUUAUGGUGAAGGACUUUCAUAAGUUCCCAAACAGAGUGUUAUUUAGGAUGGCUACAAAGCCGAUGAAGAACAGUCUUAUCAUGCUGAGGGAUGAACAGUGGAAACGAGUUCGCAGCAUCCUCACCCCAACCUUCAGCGCAGCUAAGAUGAAAGAGAUGGUCCCUCUUAUUCAUGUGGCUACAGAAACAUUACUGAACAACCUGAAGGCUUAUGCAGAGUCUGGAAAGAGCUUUGACAUCCACCGGUGUUUUGGUUGCUUCACUAUGGAUGUGAUAGCAAGUGUGGCGUUUGGCAUGCAAGUGGACUCUCAGAACAACCCCAACGACCCAUUUGUGCACCACGCCUCCAAGUUCUUUUCUUUCUCUUUAUUCAGACCCUUCAUGUUCAUCUUCCUGAAUUUCCCGAUCCUGAUUAGGCCACUUGGUGGCUUGAUGCGAGAUAAAGAGAGCAGUGAGAUGAGCAACUUCUUCACCACUUGCAUUCAGAAACUUAUAAAGCAGAGGGAUGAGUUGCAAUCCAGUCAGAGGCGGAGGGACUUCCUGCAGCUGAUGCUGGAUGUGAGGAGCAGUAAGGAGUGUGUGUCCCUGGAUCACUUUGACGUGGUCAAUCAAGCAGAUGAGCAAGAUGUGACUGACAGAAAUGCGGAAAGUUGCAACGAGUCGGCAAAAAGCAGCCAGCAGAAAAGGAUGAUGACGGAGGAUGAGAUCAUAGGCCAGGCUUUCAUCUUCUUCCUCGCUGGUUAUGAGACGAGCAGUAACACUCUUGCAUUCACCUGCUACCUGCUGGCCAUAAACCCUGACUGUCAGAAGAAAGUACAGAAAGAGGUGGAUGACUUCUUCAGCAGACACGGCUCAGCAGAUUACACUAAUAUUCAGGAACUGAAGUAUUUAGACAUGGUGGUGUGUGAGGCUCUCAGACUGUAUCCACCUGCAUUUAGAUAUGCGCGCACUGUUGAGCGUGAAUGUGUGGUGAAUGGACAGUUGCUGCCAAAAGGAGCUACACUAGAGAUAGCGGCAGGCUUCCUGCAUUCUGACCCAGAGUACUGGCAGGAGCCGGAGAAAUUCAUACCUGAAAGGUUUACUCCUGAAGCCAAGGCCAGUCGACACCCUUUUGUGUACAUGCCGUUCGGAGCUGGGCCCCGCAGCUGUGUGGGCAUGAGACUGGCCCAGCUGGAGAUUAGGAUGGCACUGGUCAACAUCUUAAAGACAUUUAAUGUGGUGGCAUGUAAGGACACAGAGGUUCCUCUUACAUUAAAGUCAACUACCACACUCGGACCCAAGAAUGGAGUUUUUGUCAAAAUUACCAAGAGAGAAAAUUUUGCUCAUGCCUAAAAAUAGACAGUGAUUCACACCUGAGUCAUCUUCUAUGACUCGGUGAUUAGUAAGUGAAUAACAAAGGAUAUGAUUUGCUUGUAUUUCCUGAUUUGUAAGUCACUUUGGAAAAAAAGCAUCUGCUUUUUGAAUAAAUUGAAUAAAUGUGAAAUGUAAAUAAUAUGUAUAGUUUAGUAUGCUGAAUAACUUUUAUUUUACAACUAUAUGAGGUGCAUGGAAUAUAUUUUAAUUGCAGUGUAAAUAAUUUAGGCUAAUGAAAGGUUACUGCAUACAAUAAACUGUUUGAUUUGUAAGUAAUUCAACCUAAUUAUAUAAACUGAUGUUCCUAA